GCCAGAAGGGGUGUGGGCGCCAGAAGAGCACCCCCCCCCGGGCGGUUAGUCCCAGCUCCCGCCACCACCACCCAGGGAUCGCCACCGACCCUAGCAAAGAAUUCGUGGACGCGCGAGGCUUCAUCGACAGCAUUGCAGACAUGGAGCGUAAUUUCGGGUGCAACCCCUACGACGCCGGCUACCGCAACCUGGGGAUCGACGAGGAGGAGGAAGAACAGUAUGAUGUGAAGCCAACCUUGACCUCGUUGGUUCUAACGGGAAGAGAGGAGGAUACGCGGUCCGAACCUGAGCGCGAAGCGGCGGCGGCAAACAGCGUUGGCGCGGGAGAGCCGAGCUCCUCAAACGAGGAAAACCAGGAGGGUGGCUUUGGCGGGGGCUUGGAGCCCCCGCAGCAGCAGGAGGAGCCGGCCCCCCUGGCGGUGCAGGGGCCACUGAUAGCGGAGAGGAACCAGCGCCGCUACCGCACGGCUUUCACCCAGCUGCAGCUGCAGGAGCUGGAGGGCGUUUUCCAUCGCACUCAAUACCCCGACGUGUUCGCGAGAGAAGAGAUUGCAGGACGUCUGAAUUUGACAGAAGCCAGAGUGCAGGUCUGGUUUCAAAACAGAAGGGCCAAGUGGAGAAGACACCAGAGGGCCCUGAUGUUUAGAAACCUGGCCCCUGUUGCCUUCGGCCCUCCUGUGGGGGUGAUCUUUGAUGGGCCCUAUCAUGUGAUCCCUAUUCUAGAGCCCGGAUGGAGAUGUGUUCCUCUGGUGCCUAGGGGGCUUAUGCCUCCUGGGCCACCCCUGCCACCUGUUCUCCCUGGGCCGCCUCUGCCCCCCGGGCCACCCCUGCCCCCUGGGCCACCCAUGAUGCCUAUGCCACCUCUACCACCUGUGCCUCCCUUUGUUCUGGCCCCUGUAGGCAUGGCAUGGGCCGCUGUCAUCAAUGGUCAUUUCGCAGGGCCCAUGUUCUGA